AUGGAACCAGCCGCUCCCGACGCUCUGCGAUCGUCAGACAGCGCGUCUCGUUUGACCGAAACGUCGCUCGCAAGACUUCCGAAUCAUGCGACGGCGCACGAGAAGCCGCAACAGCGCAUCGUUCACAUAGGCGAUCCCGACCGUACGAUCCGAGAGGCCGAACUAGACGCAUCGGACGGCGGAGAAGGCCUGCUAGCGAGGUGGAGGAUACAUAGGAGCCGAUUGGCUAAUAACCGCAUCCGGACGAGUAAAUACACGCUGCUUACCUUCCUCCCUCGCAACCUAUUCGAGCAGUUUCAUCGCGUCGCGUACAUAUACUUCCUCGUCCUAAUCUUAAUCAACCAGAUCCCUCAGCUCGCGAUCUUCGGCCGUUACAUCUCCGUCAUUCCCCUGCUCUCCGUGCUGACGGUAACGGCUAUUAAAGACGCGUUCGAGGACUGGCGACGCCACCGCGCCGACGCGCGGGAGAAUGGGCGCGAGUGCUUCGUGUACCGCGGUGGCCAGUGGUGCUCUGCCACGUGGCAGAGCAUUCGCGUGGGGGAGCUGGUGCAUGUACGGGGGGACACGACAGUCCCGUGCGACAUCGUGCUUCUGGCGUCUAGCGAUCCGUCGGGUCGCGCGUUUGUGGAAACAAUGAAUCUGGACGGCGAGACGAAUCUCAAAACCAGAUACAGGUGCGAGGUGCGGAACACGGCGUGGGUGGAGGGCGUGGCAGUGUACACGGGCGGCGACUGCAAAGUGGUACUUAACUCCGUGGGCGCACAGUCUAAGCGCAGCCGCAUAGAGUCCCACCUAGACCGAGACAUGCUGCUACUCGCUCUCCUGCUCACCGUGCUCUGCCUGAUCUGCGCUAUUGGCAUGGGCGUGUGGCUUGGGAGUCACGACCUACCCGCUCUGCCGUAUUACGGCGUGGGGUACGAUUACCUGGGCGUGGGAGGGGAGGCGGCACUGAAUUUCUUUGCGACGCUGAUUCUGCUGCAGGUGCUGGUGCCGAUAUCGCUGUAUAUUUCCAUGGAGCUGGUGCGGAUCGUGCAGGCUGUGCUCAUGACGUGCGACCGGCACAUAGGGAAGGGGAGUGGUGGGGACAGUGGCGGCAAGAGCAGCAGCGGUGGUGGCGAUAGCGGCAGUGGGUUGCUGUGCCGUGCGUUGAACAUAAACGAGGAUCUGGGGCAGGUGAGGCACGUGCUGACCGACAAGACCGGCACGCUCACUGAGAACCGCAUGGCCUUCCACUCCUGCUCCGUCGCUGGUGUCGACCUGCACUCCCUCCCUGCACCUACCGGGAAAUCCUUUGAUGCUUCCACUUCUCCAUCACCUUAUUCUGCUGUUACUACUGUUGCUGCUGCUGCUGGUGCUGCUGCUGCUGAUGUGGAGGCUCGGUUGGUUGAGCCGCCUGGUGGUGUUGGUGGUUUGGGACCGCUGCAGCUGUCGGUGGGGCUGGCUCGAGAGUUUGCUGACGUGGCAGGGCCUGGUGCUGGCGCGGUGCUGGAUGAGUUCCUAUUGGUGCUGGCAGCGUGCAACAAUGUGGUGCCGACACGUGUCAGUGUGACAGCGAGCGGUGAGCUGGACAUGCAUGCUGUGGGCGAGGGGGAGGAUGACGUGGCAGAGGAGGAGGAUCGGGAGGAGGAAGAGGGAGAGGAGGAGAUUGAAAGGGAGGGAGAUGGAAGAAGGGAUGCUGGGGAGAAUCUCAAGGGGAAUGGGGGUGCCAGUGGGGGACCAAAUAUGGCAGCACAGAAUCAAAGUCCUCAUGCUGCUUCAUCUGUGGGUGCUGAUGUGGAACUGGGACUGCUUGACGCUGCAGCAGUGCCGACUGCUGACGUGGCAAGUGAUGACGUGGCAGAGGAACUGGGCGAGGUGAUUGAGUACCAGGGCGAGUCUCCGGAUGAGGUGGCGCUGGUGAAGGCUGCGGCCGGCAUGGGUUGGCAGCUAGUGCAGCGAUCAGAGCACCACAUUGUGAUCAACGUCAGAGGAAAAGACGAGAGGUACGAGGUGCUGGGCGUGCACGAGUUCGACAGCACACGCCGGCGCAUGUCCGUUGUCCUCCGCUGCCCGGAUGGUUCCGCGAAGCUUCUUGUCAAGGGCGCCGACAGCGCCGUUCUCAGCCGCGCCAAGUGCGAGGAAGAAACAGGGAAGAUUCUUGGGGCAGCAGAUGGAGGAGCGGGGAGGAAAGCAGUGGGGAAGGGCAUCGAGGAUAGGCUACAAGCGGGCGUGCCGGCAGCGCUACAGAUGCUGAGAGGGGCCGGCAUGAAGGUGUGGAUGCUGACUGGCGAUAAGGUGGAGACGGGUGUUUCUAUUGCUCGGUCGUGUGGGUUGGUGAGGAGAGAGGAUGGGGUUGUGCGGGUGAGCGCGGGGAGUGAGAGGGAGUGUGAGAGGAGGUUGAGGGAGGUAUGUGGGAUGGAGGGGGAUGGCGUUGGCGUUGGGCGAGCUGGGGGAGUGGGAGCGGUGGAGGGGGUGGGGGUUGAGAGAAGAGAGGGAGGAACAGCAGUGGAGGAGGAGGAGGGUGAUUGUAGGGAUGGUGCGAGCAGGAACAGCAGCAGUAGUAGCAUUAGUUGUGGCAGUAGCGAGUUCUUCCGAGCCUCACAGCGCUGCUCCGUGGUGCUGUGCUGUCGGGUGGCGCCCAUGCAGAAAGCUGCUGUGGUGGCACUCGUGAAGCAGCUGUCAGGGGAAUUAACCCUCGCUAUUGGUGAUGGAGCCAACGACGUGCCGAUGAUUCAGACAGCAGCUAUAGGGGUGGGCAUACGAGGGCACGAGGGCAGACAAGCGGUGAUGGCGAGUGACUUUGCCAUCUCGCAGUUCCGCUUUCUGGCCCGCCUGCUGCUGGUGCACGGGCAUUGGAACUACCACCGCAUGGCCUACAUGAUCGUCUACAACCUCUACAAGAACACUGUAUUCGUGCUGCUGCUCUUCUGGUACCUCACCCAAACUGCCUUCUCCACCACCUCAGCCAUCGGCCAGCUAAGCCUCAUGUUCUUCUCCCUCACCUACACCACGCUCCCCACCGUCGUCGUCGCCUCCAUCGACCAAACCCUCCUGCCCGCCCGCCUGCUCGCCUGGCCGCAGCUCUACGGCGCCGGGCAGCGCGAGGAAACUUACAACCUGCCCGUGUUUCUGGCUGCCAUGCUGGAUGCCACGUGGCAGAGCCUGGUGCUGUUUCUGGUGGGCGUGGCGAGCGUGGGUGGGCUGGAAGGGGACAUGUGGGCGUUGGGGCAGACGUGGUUGGUGGCGCUGGUGCUGGUGGUGACGGUGCAUCUUGCGAUGGACAUCCGACGGUGGACAUGGCUCCACGCGGCUGCGAUUGCGAUCUCUAUACUCGUUACAGUGGUCUCGAUACUUGUUAUUGACUACAUCCCUCUGCUACCUGAAUACGGGUCGUUCCGAUUCGCCAUCGCCACGUCAACUUUCUGUGGUUCUGUUGCGGGUGGCAGUGGUGGUGAUGGUGGUGGCAUUGGCAGUAGUGGUGCUGGAAGUGCGGGUGGCACUGGUGCCGGUGGUGCGGAAAGCAGUGAUUCGGUUGGAGCGGCCAACAACCUGAGUGGUGGUGGUAGAGCAGGAGGGGUUAGUGCGGGCGGUGCUGGUGGUGCGAGCGGCGGUGGCGCCUGUAAUGCGGGUGGCGGUGGUGGCGGUAGAAUUGGCAGCAGUGGUGCUGGUAACACGGGAGGCAGUGCGUCGGGUAAUGCGGGUGGCAGUGGUGGCAGUACUGUAGCCCGCAAUGGGGCGGGUGGUGAUGGUGCCUGUAGUGCCGGCAGCAGUGGUGCCGUUGGUGGCGGUGCUGUGAGGUGCCAUAGCGGAUCGGGUGGCAGCACGAGAAGCAGCUCGAGUCGUGAUGCGAGGAGUGCGAGUGGCAGCAGCUGA